CGAGCGCUUGCGAUUGUGCGCGCACGACGUUCGCUCACUCGUCUCUGCCGCUCAAGCUCAUCAUGUCAUCACGCACCAAACGUCGCGCAGAGCACUCUAGCUCCGGUAAAAAGAGCGUGAGCAAGAAAGCAAAGCGUGAAACCUCCUCGGAGGAGGAAGCUGCAGCAAGCGAUAACUCGGACGCUGGCGUCGACGACGAUGAACUCGGCGCGCUCGACACGAGCAACAUCAUCACUGGAGGCCGCAGGACCCGUGGCAUUCGCGUAGACUACACGAAGGUGCAGGGAUUCAGCGAGGGAGAUGGCGAUGACGGAGAAGAGGAGCGCCCGCACAAAAAGGCCUCGAGGAGCCCUCCAAAGAGCCGAAAGGCCAAGCCAUCCAGUGCGACCGCCAGUUCUAGCUCGAAGCAGAAGAAAGUGGAACCUCCUUCAUCUAAGAAGAACGCUCCUCCGCCCAAGGUAACAAAGGCAACUCGCAGGGUAGUCUCCGAGGACGAAGAGGAGGAGAGUGCCGAAGAAACUGGUGAAGAGAGCGGUAAUGACGAAAAACAGGAAGAGGAGGAGGAGGAAAAGGAGGAGGAGGAGGAGGAAAAGGAGGAGGAGGAGGAGGAAAAGGAGGAGGAGGAGGAAUAG